AUGCCUGCUUCUGUUUUCCUUCUUGGCCCCGGUUUUAUAGGGGGAGAGAUUAUAGAUCUCCUUCUCGUAUCAAAAUAUAAAGUAACAACACUUAUCCGUCGCGAAUCAGCCGUUGCAGAUUAUGCCAAUUUAGGCGUCGAGACAGUAGUUAGUAAUUUGGACGACGCAUCAGUGAUCAAGGCCCAAGUCGCAGUUAGUGAUAUUGUCCUCCACACUGCAACUGCAGAUCACUUGCCAUCCGUGCAAGCAAUUAUCGAUGGCAUCAGAGGACGAGCGGCGCAAGGACGAAAAACAAUCUACAUCCACAAUAGCGGAGCAACUUUGCUUGCCGACGCCGUCGAAGGAGAGUAUAAGAGUGAUACCAUAUUUGACGAUGAGAAACCUGAAGAGAUCAACGCGCUCCCGGAUUCUGUAUCACAUCGCCUCAUCGACCUAGAAAUCAUCCGGGCAGGCCAGGAACUGGCCUCCCACGCUAAAAUGGCCAUUAUGAUCCCGCCCCUUAUCUACGGCGUGACCAAUAGGGAGAACCGCUUGUCAAUCCAAUUGCCGACUCUCGUCCGUUACUCUAUCAAACAUGGCCAUGCUAGUCAGAUCGGCAAGGGUCUCGCAGUUUGGAAUCAGAUACAUGUGAAAGACCUUGCCAGGGGAUAUAUGGUUCUCCUUCAUUGGAUGGAGCGCGCGCCUGCCACCGAGAUUGCGCUGAAUCCGUACUUCUUCUGUGAAAACGGCCAAGAGUUGUCUUGGGGUGAAUGCGCUGCUGAGAUUGGCCGUACACUGAAGAGGAUAGGGCGUAUUGAUGAAGCCGCGCCGAAACCCAUUCCGAAGGAAAGCUGGGGUGAUCUGUUCGGGGAAUAUUCUGGGAUGGUGGUUGGAUCGAAUGCACGACAUAGGGCGAAUCGACUGCGGAAAUUGGGGUGGGCACCGUUGGAGAAAGACACCUUAGCCUCCUUGGCUGAAGAUGAGAUUCCAAUCAUCGCGAAAGAAACCGGGGAGUUCACGGGUUAUGCGAGCGUCGUUGCGUCUUAA